AUGGCAAACUACCUCUACAUCGACGAGACCCCGAAGGAAAUCAAAGAGGCCAAAGGGCUACACCUGAUCACGCAGAACACGCCAAAUGGACAAGCAACACAGAUCCUCCUGGAGGAGCUCGCAGACACCUAUGGCCUGGAAUGGGGCACUACGCUGAUCAACAUCAUGACCAACGAGCAGAAGAAAGAGUGGUUCCUGCGCCUGAACGCCAACGGGCGCAUCCCCACUCUCGUCGACAACAGCAAGAACCCACCUUUUCCGGUUAUCGAGACCUCGGCCCAGCUGCUGUACCUGCUGAAGUUUUAUGACAAGGAGGACAAGUUCGGCUUCACGGACGAACUCGAGAGGAACGAGGCCUUGCAGUGGUUGUUCUUCUGGCAUGGUGGUGGAGCCCCCUACCAGGGCCAGGUGAACCAUUUCAGCAGGGCUGCGCCAGAAAAAAUACCUUAUGCAAUCAACCGAUACAAGAACGAGACCCUGCGCGUGUAUGGCGUGCUCGAGAUCCGACUGUCCGGCAUCUACACUGGCGGCGAACCCCGCGACUACCUAGCUGGCAAGGGCAAGGGCAAAUACAGCAUUGCAGACAUCAAAGCUUGGUGUUGGGUCAAGGGCUGGGAACGCUCCGGUUUCACUGCCGAGGACGUCAAGCCGUUCCCUCACCUGCUCAAGUGGAUCGAUCGUAUCGCUGCUCGUCCUGCCGUUCAGCGCGGUAUCGGCGACAAGUAUAUUCAGCAGUAA